CCGCGGCUCCGGCGGCGGCGCUCCUUCGGGCGGCGGGCGGGCGGCCAACAUGGCGGCGAGGGCGGGCUGCGGGGGGCCGCGCGGAUGGCAACGCUGAUGACCGUCCGGAGACUCGCCUCCAUCUGUACCAUGAUGCAAACAAUAUUCUUCCAUGACACUACCAAGCUUGAAUAAUGAUGGAUUAACACCAGUUUCACUGAAGUGGGUUAUCUGGCAUUAAUCCCCGAUGCAAAAGAUUUUCGAAGAAAGAAGUUUGAGCAGUUUGGAGUGGAGAGGGUGUGAUUUCUAGCCUUCGAUUUACAGUUUUAAUAAUGUUUGCAGAUAAAUGGGGCGCCAAUGCCUCUGCUCUGGAGAAAGAGAUUGGUCCGGAUCAGUUUCCUAUGAAUGAACAUUACUUCGGCUUGGUUAAUUUUGGAAAUACCUGCUACUGUAACUCGGUCCUCCAGGCCCUUUACUUCUGCCGCCCAUUUCGGGAAAAGGUGUUGGCCUACAAAGUCCAGGCCCGCAAAAAGGAGACCCUUCUGACCUGUUUGUCGGACCUCUUCAACAGCAUUGCCACCCAGAAGAAGAAAGUGGGGGUCAUCCCCCCCAAGAGGUUCAUUUCCCGGCUGAGGAAAGAAAACGAGCUGUUUGACAACUACAUGCAGCAGGAUGCACACGAAUUCCUGAACUAUCUAUUGAACACAAUUGCGGACUUGCUACAAGAAGAAAAAAAGCAGGAGAAACAGAAUGGCAAACUCCAGAACGGAAGCAUUGAGAGUGAUGAAGGGGAGAAGGCCGAACUCACGUGGGUCCAUGAAAUCUUCCAGGGAGCACUGACAAACGAAACUCGCUGUUUAAACUGUGAAGCUGUGAGCAGCAAAGACGAAGAUUUUCUGGACCUGUCGGUUGACGUGGAACAAAAUACAUCAAUCACACACUGCUUGAGAGGGUUCAGUAACACCGAGACGCUGUGCAGCGAGUACAAGUACUACUGCGAGCAGUGCCGGAGUAAACAGGAAGCACAAAAGAGGAUGCGAGUGAAAAAGCUGCCCAUGAUUCUCGCUCUGCACUUGAAAAGGUUUAAAUACAUGGACCAGUUGCACCGGUACACCAAACUUUCCUACCGCGUGGUCUUUCCCCUGGAGCUUCGACUCUUCAACACCUCAGGGGAUGCUACAAACCCAGAUCGAAUGUAUGAUCUCGUGGCUGUGGUGGUACAUUGCGGCAGUGGUCCAAAUCGUGGGCAUUACAUCACCAUCGUGAAGAGCCAUGGAUUUUGGUUGCUCUUUGAUGAUGACAUCGUAGAGAAAAUCGACGCUCAAGCCAUUGAAGAAUUCUAUGGAUUGACCUCAGACAUUUCCAAAAAUUCGGAAUCUGGAUAUAUCCUUUUCUAUCAAUCAAGAGACUGACAUGGCAUAUUUUUGGAACAUCUUGUGCAGAUCAGAAGGGAUCAAGGCUGUGCCCAGAAAGGACAACAGAGUGAUGGCAGAACCGAUUCCUCCUGGCUAUUCUGGGCAAUUUUCAAGAAAUCAAGGAGUGCGUUUUCUCGAGGAGAACAGUCCUGAGCAAGAAUGCAUUUCACUUUGAUUUUCUUUCUAGGCUAUUUUAUACUUGCUAAUUUCCAAAUUUUUUUACCUCUACUUGAAACCUGGCUGCUUAACUCUUCAAGAACCAAGAAAGUGAUUUUUAAAGUAACAUUGUAAAAAUCUGUUCACUCUUUGGUCCUGGCUUAAGAGACUUUUUUGGUUUCCGUUAUUGCCAUUUUUCUGUAUUCUAACAGAACGAUUUCCCCUCCGGUAUUUGCUGAAUUCCUCCCCUCUUUUGGGACUCAAGCAGAGGAAAGUUGAUGUAAGUUGCAGUUUUGGUAAUUCAAAGACUGCGGCCAGCUUAAGUCAUCCCGGAAGCUUCGUGGUUUAAUUUUUACUUUUUUCUUCUAUGGGAAAAGGACAUUAGGCAUUUCUACAGGAUUGAAGAUUUUGUUAAAGAUGUCCCUUUUAUUUCUGAUAACACUAUUUAUUCUACAUUUGUUCUGCUUUGUCUCUUUCUUAAAAUUUUCCUCGGAAAGUAAUUUUUAUAUGCUUUAUAAAUCUGUUAAUCCUUUGUAAAAAGAGAUUUUGACUCAGAACCACAAUACUGUAGAAGUCAGAAAAGAAAUAGGUGUAAGCGUUGGAGGUCACGUCUAGCAUAUAAACUAAAAAACAGUUUCUUGGAACUAUUCUCUAAGCCAAAAGUGCCCUCUGCUGAAACAGGAUCUGUUAAGGGUUCAGUUUUGCAUGUAAGAAGCAAUUCUCGGCGUGGAUUGACAUGCUGUAAAUGGACAUCACAGCUCUAAACUCUUAAGGUUUAAAUAAUAAUCAUGAUUCUGGCCUUGGAAAAACAAUUCAGGGGAGGGUUAAGGACUUAAACUAAGAUCCAUCAAUGCCUUGAAAAGAGUUCCUCUUAACUUCAUCUCCCCCUGCUCCCCACCCAUCAUUUUCCAGCCCACAUUUAUGCUGCUGCUGUUGCUGCUUCAACAGAGAAAAAAAUAAGGCAGUGUUAGGAAGACUAAACCACAGUUAGCGUCUGUUUUCCAAUGCUACGUAUUAUAACUCUAAGCCUUUUUAAGAGGGGAACAACGUGCAAUGGAGAAGACUCUGCCAGAAUUAUUCCGGCUCGUAAGAACCUUAAAUUGGGCUGUGACCUAAAACACAGUUUGGGCUGUGGGAACCAUUGGUGCCUCUCUCUCUUGACAACGGCUUCCCAGAAUUCCACUUGAGGAGGCGUGGUGCCCAAGCCACUCUCACCAUGAACGGGAGCUGAUCCCAGCAGCCCUUGAUGCGCC